AUGAAGAUAAUGUUGAUGAGACUAUACAUGUAUGUCCAAAAAGUCUGGAAACACCUGAAUAAUUUUCCAGUUACUUACCACAGAUGUCUCCUGGAUUCACAUUGUCAAAAUAUAAAUGAAAAUUCUUUUUGCUUUGACAAUGAUAACAACAGAGUGGGAAGGUGUAAAUGCAUUGAUGGAUAUGAACUUCUAAGUAGAAACAGAACCUUUUUCGCUUGCCUUCAAAAUGCAGGUUGGGAAGAACCUUGCGAAAAAAAUAUUCAGUGUUACUCUACUUUGAGUACUGAUGCAGUAUGUGAUGGUGUAUGCAAAUGUGCGGAGGGUGCUCAUCGUUUCACAGACGGAAGGUGUUAUCAAUCAAUAAGGUUAGGAGAUUUUUGUCAAACAGGGGGCAACUGUCUACUGAGCGACGGAACAUUCGGCAAUUGCAUUGAUGGAAAGUGCGACUGUAAAUUUGACAGACAAAUUCCCACCGAGGACGCUAUGAGUUGCGUGGAGGCUAGAAAUUUAGGAGAAAUUUGCGACAAUAAUGAUCAGUGCUCCUCCAUACCAUAUGCUGUUUGCAGAGUAAGCUGUAGAUGCGCACCUGGAUAUGCCUUAUCACGAGAUGGAACAAGGUGUCUGGAAACGGCGACGCAAUUUUUUGAUCCUUGUGAAGAGAAUGCCCAAUGUUCAGAGUUCUUACAAGGAAGCUUUUGCAACAACGGUAACUGCACCUGCGAAGAUACUCAUCAUGGGUAUGGUACUAGAUGUACGAGAAGCGCAGGAUUAGGUGGUACCUGCAGCGGAAUGGAAGAGUGCAUACCAGAUCCGAGAUUUUCAAAUGUAGCGAAUUGUAUUGAUGGGACUUGCCAGUGCCUUCCAGGUACAGUUGAUGAAACUAUAGGCUGUAAUUCUUGCAGGGUAUAUUAUAACUUGCCCAUUAUUAGUGUCUGCCUUUUGUAUUUAUUUUCACAUAUCUAUUAAUUUAGAGUACAUAAAUAUUCGUUGUUAAUGUGGCUCACCGACGGUAGUAUUUCUAGAUCUACAGGAAACUAUUAGCCAAAUAUUUUCUAAUUUAUUAUUUACCAAUCCAUUAAUUUUACACUUAUUAACCUAUCACAAUGUAGUAGUAAUUAUUGUCACAGUUAGAGCAGAUGAUUGAUUCAUAGAGUGUAAUAGUUUAGUGUAUAAUUAUACCGACUUUUGUACCUGUAAUAAAAUACUUUUUUUAUCUCA